AUGGAUCAUCAGGAAAUCACGACAAUCGGUGAUCCAAAAGAACUGAUUCAUAUUUUUAGUGACAUGCAUGAACUUGAUAUUUCUACAAAUCAAAUUCGUCUUUGGUCAGAUAUAUUUGAAAUCCUAGAGUGCUCUCCACAACUGAAAACUCUGAAUCUUAGUUAUAAUCCUCUCCAAGAUUCACCUCUCUUCUUUGCAUUAGAAGAAAACGACGAUGACACAUCAAAUCAACAAUACGAAUCUCCUAGUAAUUUUUCCUCAUCCCCCUCAGAAUACACAAAUGGCAGCAAUUGCAAUCCAGCGGAUAUAAAUUUACUCGCGGAAAUAUCCUUCAGUGAAGAAGACCGGAAUGAAAAUUGUAACAAUAGUGCGCUAUUCUUGUCACAAAACCCAUCUGCUUCUUGUCUUUCUCCACAACUCACAACACUUCUUCUGAAUUCAACUCGGGUUCCAUGGAAACGAGUUUUACAUCUACUUACUUAUCUUCCCAACCUGAGGACUCUCCACGCAGCUCUCAAUGACUACUCAUGUUGUUGUCCUCAAGAUUCUCCCAAAAACUCCUUUCCCCAGUUUUUCAAUCUCGUAGACCUCUAUUUCUCAGAAAAUCGACUCACUUCCUGGGCAGACGUCUGUUGUCUAGGCAAACAUUUCCCCUCCCUCCAACACAUUGUCCUCCUCCGAAAUCCUCUCCAGACAAUUCCGUUCAAGUCUACUACUGGGGAUGAGGAGACUCCAUUUACCUCAGUUAAGGAUUUAAAUCUCAUGGAAACACUAAUUGAUUCAUGGGAGAGUGUGGAUGCUCUGAAUCAAUGGUUCCCGGCACUCAAAUCGCUUCGUUUGGGAAAGGACUUGCCGCUUUCUGAGGUUAGUUAA